UGCCAUUGAAUAGCCUUUUCAAGUGAAAGGGAUUAUGUAUGACAGACUUGUUGGUUGAUGGGGUACGUCCACAUUUGUAGGACUUCGUCCUACGUUCGCUCCUUUUUUAAGAAUUCUAUCAAAGGGGAUUACUCCCAUAUCACGUGGUUAUGCCUUAUUAUCCGUUCUUCUUUCACCUUCUAUUCCACCUUCCCCUUGGAACGGACCAUGGGGAAGAAAGGAUGCACCAUAAAAGUAGAGCGUUCAGACGCGACCGAAGCUCACAAGACUCUUGGCCAACGAACGAGGUUGUUGUGCAUUUUUUCCCCCCGCUGUUUAUUCGAGUUCACGAUAGCCAGGAGCAACAGUUUGUUAGUGCUUUCAUCGUUAGACGUCUCUUAACUUUCGUGUUAACAAAUUUGACUCGAAUUUUCUUUCCCGGUGACCUAAAUCUUCAGCUUUCUCAUUUUCGUCUGGUGGUAGAGAAAGUGUGAACGUGUUGUUUUCGUUUUUGUUGGUCAGUCCAAAGUGGAUGAUCAGAGCAGACAAAAAAAAAAAGAGAGCCAUAGAGUGAAAGAAUGCUGAUGGGCUUCCGCCGCUACUGGACGACGUCUUUGCCAAAACAGGCGUCCGCCACCGUCUCAACUACCCCAGAAAGACAACCCGUGCCAGGAUCCUGCUGCUGCUGCACUUUGAGCAGCAGGGAGAAACCGCCAUAGAGAAGAGCCCUGGGAAAGGCUACCGAUAGAUCGUCCAACUUGUUUCUAUCCGUACAUCCAACCUCAUCAUCAAUUUUGUUCAUUUCGUUCCUGUUUUUUUUAAUCUACAUUUUAAACGGCCCGUUCCCCCAUCGGCAUUCAGGUCCCGGAAAACAAGCCUCCAUUAGUUCCAAAUUUUGUCUUCUAGUCAUUCCAGCCAGGCGGUUAUGGCCUCUACCAGCCCUUUGGCAACUCACUCACCAGAUGAUAAAAGAAUGCAUACGUCAGUUGGUGUUGGAGGCACGAUGCCUCAAACAUUGCUACGACCUGGUGAUCCCCGUUGGGUUGAACAUUCGUUUAGCAAACGGGAUUGUUGUCGUUUUGUAACCAGUACAAAAGAAACUUCCCAGUGCGCUUGCGGCCAGACGUGGGCCUACCACAAGACCCACGGCGUCGAAAGUGUCGGCGAGCCGGGCGAAAUCUGGGCGCCGGCCUACCACACGGUUAGCAGCCCAACUGAUGCUUACGGCACCAUCGACUUUCUAGGUGGCCCCCACCCCAACAAAGCGCAGUUUAUCCGGUUGGGGUUUGAUUCGCGACCCGACCUUAUCCUUCAACUUUUGACUCGCGAAUGGGGACUCGAAUUGCCUAAACUCAUCAUUUCUGUUCAUGGCGGGAAAGCCAAUUUCGAACUCAACCCACGUCUCAAACGCGUGCUUCGCAAAGGACUCCUUCGGGCUGCCAAAACGACUGGUGCCUGGAUUUUGACAGGUGGAACUAGUACAGGAGUUACUCGUCACGUUGGCGAUGCCUUGAUAUCGGAACGAUCCCCUCGCCUCCGAGGGGGGAGGGUAGUCAGCAUCGGCAUCGCUCCUUGGGGUGUGGUGGAAAACCGUGUUUCAUUGAUCGGUCGAAAGAAGGAUGUCGCCUACCAAUCAAUCGACCAUCCUCGUUCCAAAUUUGCUGCCCUCAACAAUCGACACGCGUACUUCCUAUUGGCGGAUAACGGAACUGUUGGUCGAUACGGAGCGGAAAUUGCCCUGCGACGGAAGCUGGAAAAAUACAUUUCCAGUCAACGCUUGGUGGCGCGCACCAACUGCUCUAUUCCUGUGGUUUGUUUGGUCAUCGAAGGAGGCAUGCACACCAUUAGGACAGUUCUGGAAUACGUGACGGAUUCGCCGCCCGUUCCAGUCGUUGUAGUCGAAGGCUCAGGCCGUGCGGCUGAUUUAAUAGCUUUCGCACACAAAUAUGCAUCGGAAACGGGCGAAUCAUCGACGGUAUUGGAGGGAAUGCGAGAGCAGCUCUUGGCCGCCAUCCAGCGCACCUUUCAUAUUCACCAAUCUCAAGCGGACAAGCUGCUGGGCGAACUUCUUCAAUGCGUCAAGAAGAAAAAUCUGAUUACUAUUUUUCGACCAUCGGACAGCGCAGCCACGGCAGACAUCACGGGGGACGGCCACGAGCUGGAUCACGCUAUCCUCAGUGCACUUUUCCGUGCUAGGCACUUGUCAGCAGCCGAACAACUUUGUUUAGCGUUGGCAUGGAACCGGGUGGACAUUGCCCGCUCUGAAAUCUUCGUCUACGGCCAAGAGUGGGCGGACGGAGCCCUGGAGGAGGCCAUGAUGGAAGCCCUGGUCAAGAACCGCGUCGAUUUUGUCAAACUCUUGCUGGAAACGGGCGUGCAGAUGGCCCGAUUCCUCACCAUUCCCCGACUGGAAGAGCUCUACAAUUCCAAACAAGGGCCGGCCAAUACUUUGAGAUACAUCGUCCGCGACGUCCGACCGCACAUGCCGCGCAACUAUUCCUACACUCUGAUCGACAUUGGUUUGGUCAUUAACAAGUUGAUGGGUGGGGCAUACCGGUCUUCCUACACACGCCGUAAAUUUCGUCAUAAUUACACCAUCUUGAUGAAGAAACCGACGCCUUUAGUCCAGAGUGCCUUAGCACGAGUUUACAGCAAUCACGUCCUUCGCAACGGGGGCAAUAAUCAGAGCACACUUGACGAUAGCCAAUGCCACGUGGAGACAUCGUUUAAUUUAUUUUCGCAGCCGUUCAACGAACUUCUCAUCUGGUCCGUCUUGACCAAACGCCAAGCCAUGGCCAAACUCAUGUGGCACCACGGAGAGGAAGCUCUAGCCAAAGCCCUAGUGGCCAGCAAACUCUACAGGGCCAUGGCCAGUGAGGCGGCCGACGACGAUUUGGAAGUGGAAAUUUACGACGAACUGCGCAGCUACGCCGCCGAAUUCGACCGCGAAGCGCUGGAACUGCUCGAUUAUUGUUACCGGCAGGACGACGACCUCGCCCAGCAGCUGCUCACCUGCGAAUUGUCCAACUGGUCCCGGCAGACUUGCCUCAGACUGGCCUUUGCCUGUCAUCACCGUGAACUGCUGGCCCAUCCGUGCUCCCAGUUGAUACUGGGUGACCUUUGGCUGGGCGGAUUGCGCACCCGUCGCUCCACCAAUUUGAAAAUCGUCCUGGCCAUUAUUUGCCCGCCAUUGAUUCUUCGUUUGGAAUUUAAAUCUAAAGAGGAGCUCCAGUUGAUGCCUCAAACUGAAGAAGAGCACAUGAUCGACCUGAAGGACGAAGGUCGCGAUAACAACACGAGCAGCGAUCAUUCCUCUUCUAAUUCAUCGUCGGCCUCUUCGUCUCCAUCCAGCUCGCCAAGAUCCGAACGCAGUGCGAGUAUGAGGCGCGUCAGCCUGGCCGACGGAGUUGAAAUGAACGCUGGUGGUGGCAGUAGUCAUCAUCGCCAGCGACAGCAAUCCGGCUCUUCUACUCCUGCAAUGACCAGUAACGUACCGAUAAUCGAGAAAGAUGAGCUUAAUCAAGAAAACAACACGAGCAAAGAACAGAUUGUUUUUGAGGCUGUCGAUCCUGGCGUCAUUUACGAACGUCGUCGCAUGCGACAGCUGCGCAUCAAACGGAAAUUCUACGAGUUUUACGCGGCGCCCAUCACGAAAUUCUGGUCGUGGUCCAUGGCCUAUUUCUUCUUCCUCAUCGUUUACACUUAUACGGUGCUGAUCCGAACUCCGCCGGUACCCGAAUGGAACGAGUUCUACGUCAUCCUGCACAUGGCCAGCUUCGGAGGGGAGAAGGUGCGCGAAAUUCUGGCCAGCGAGCCCGUCAAGCUCAGCCAUAAAAUCUCGGUCUGGGCGUCGGGCGUCUGGAAUUGCUGCGACGCCUUUUUCGUCAUCGAGUUCUUUAUCGCCAUGGUCUUUCGUCUCCAGGAGGACACUAGGGAAAUCGGCCACGUCCUCUACUGUCUCAACAUCGUCUUUUGGUACAUCCGGAUUUUGAGGAUCCUGCAAGUGUCGAAAUUCCUCGGUCCGUUUGUCACCAUGAUCGGUCGCAUGCUGGAGAAGAUGAUUUACUACAUCACGCUGAUGUUGGUCGUCCUGAUGUCGUACGGCGUUUUCCGCCAGUCGGUUCUCUUCCCUCAUGAAGAAUUCAGUUGGUUCCUCGUCCGCGACAUCUUCUUCAAACCUUACUUCAUGAUCUACGGAGAACUCUUUGCCGGAGACAUCGACCCUCCUUGCGGUAACGGAACCAAACCGGACGGCUCUUUUGAUCCAGAGAUGCCUCCUUGCGAGGCUGGCCGCUGGCUCAACCCGCUCCUGAUGACGUGCUACCUCCUGGUGGCCAACAUCCUGCUCCUGAAUCUCCUCAUCGCCGUCUUCAACUCGAUCUUCCUUCGGACCAACGUCUUCUCUCACCAGAUCUGGAAAUUCAACCGAUUCAGCGUCGUCAUGGAGUACGAGCAGAAACCGGCCCUACCUCCGCCACUCAUUCUCUUCUCUCACCUCUAUCUCAUCGUCAAAUGGUGCCGUAGGUGCUCUAAAGGAAUGAAAGAGUCGUAUGACUAUGGACUGAAACUCUUUUUGGACAAGGACGAUCUUGAACGAUUGUACGAUUUUGAAGAAGAAUCAAUGGAAGGACUGGUCCGUGAGAGAGAAGCCAAACAACAUCAGAGCACAGAUGAACGUGUCCGAUUGAUUGGUGAAAGAUUGGACGGUAUGGGGUCAAAGAUCGAAGACUCGUACCAAAAAUCUGCCCAGCAUAGCGACAGUCUUCAAUCGCUUGACUUCCGUCUGAUGCGGCUGGAAGAAGUUUUGGAACAAACGAACGCUUCGCUGGCCGUCAUUCACCGUUUCAUGUCGUUCCAAAAGAGCAUUCGAUCAACGGAUGGAGACCGUCAGCAGAUCUCCCCGGCUAAAAAUAGGCGCUCGUUCAAAUCAUCUCCAAACGUCGCCUUGCCUGCACCACCUUCCCAGCCGUUGACUGUCGAAGACUUCCGACGACAUCUAACCACAGUCGAUCCGUCAGUCGAACGAAGCCACAUGGGUGGUAGAAGAUCAAGCUGUGCAGCGUUCGAUCCGGAUGAUGAUGGUCAAAUGAGUGUCAUAGCGAACCCCCCUCCUGUACAGAUACAUCAAGUGGUUGAACCUCAAGAUUUAGCCAUGCUUCGAUCUCUAGGCAACAAUGGAGGUAGCCAUCUACGACGACGGACAGUCAGCGAAACAUCUAAAGAUGGCGUUAAUAUUCUCCAAUCGAUGGAACUCGACGCUGCUGCUCGAGAAGGGGCUACUUUGUUUGAACCGUCUUUGGCGCGACAUUUAGUUCUUGGCCGUACAUCCAGCUCACCUUGGCCAGAUGUCCCACCUUCACCCAAAAGAGUUGGCCGUAUUAAAGAGGAAGAUGAUGAACUGGGCACCACCACUUUAGCCAUAGCUUCGUACGAUUCGAGCGAACGUUCCACAAGUCAGAUGCUGAGCACGCCCGUUGAUGAUGGAGACGAGGAGCUGACAGAAGUCUUUGAACAGCAUGGCAAUGAUCUUCUUGAUGACACGAUGGUAGAUACCAGCAGCAAUGUCCUUUUAUUAGGCCCGGGCACAAGCAGCUCACCGCCACAGUAUCACCGAUCGUACAGCGUUGGGGCAGGUGCAAUCAACCAGUCAGGUGGCGUAGGCGGAGAAGCACCGAGUAUGAAGCGCUCUCGCAAUUGGUCAGGCACUGAGGUUGGAUUCAGUCCGCGGGGUAGCCGCCGCCAGAAGCAUCGAAGUCCACCAUCGAUUGAAGAUGAAAAGAAAAUGUGUUCAGAUCAAACCAAUCAACCCGUACGACGGACGCGUUUGCAAUCCAUGCAUUCGUACUCACCACCAGGUACAGCCAUGACGGCGGUGAUAGACCAACAACAACAGCCGCCAAAGAUCAACAUCAUUCCGGCUGGACAGGGUAUUACGCGGAGUAAGUCAAAUGGGGCUGCACCGUCUAGGCUAUCCACCAACAAACAUCCACCUGCUGCUGCUAAAGUGGAAGCCGAAGCCGAGCAUUUGCGUGAAAUUGAAGGACAAGAUUAUCACAUGAUGGAAGGCAUUAUUCGUCGUAGACUUCAUCGUGAUUCAGAAGACCUGGACAAUUCAUUAGAGGAUUUGUGCAAUGUACCGAUUCCACUGGAAGAGGCUCUGGAUAGCUUCGAUGAAUCUCCCGAAAUUGAACGAGAGGCCAUCAAUUUCAUAGUAGGAGAAUCGCUUGUGGAGCUUACAGGACAGGAGGACAAACAAGCAAAGCAGCCGAUUUUAAAAGUCAAAUCGAGUAGCGAACCACCACCCGAUGGCCACAAGUCAAAGACAUCAUCCCGUCCUGUCGUAAAGAUAGGGACCACCAAUUCAGAUGAACAGGAACUGAUUAAUUUGACCCGUUCCGCCAACCUUCUCGCCAUGCCAUGCAGUCAAUUGAGGCCAGAAGAAGAUGUGACUAUUAUCGUCGAAGACGAAUGUUGAAGA